AUGACGACUCCGAGUACCCAUGGCCUUUCUCCAGCGACAGUCGAGGCUGUUGCUGGCUUAUCAGCUGGCCUUGUAUCUACCGUGAUUGUCCACCCUCUGGACAUCAUAAAAACGAGGCUACAAGUUGACACCACUUCCCAUCCACUCCUCAACUCGUCUCGAUCUGUCUUGCGUGACAUAUGGCGCAACGAGGGACCGACGCGUGUCUCUGCCUUAUACCGUGGUUUAACCCCCAACCUGGUGGGUAAUUCUGCUGGCUGGGGCUUGUACUUCCUGUGGUAUCGUCAGGCACAAGAUUUGAUCAGGAAUGUACGGAAUUAUGAGCUUGGCCGACAGUUGACUGCAUUUGACUACCUCUGUGCAUCGUCUCUCUCGGGGAUCUUGUCUGCUAUCUUCACCAAUCCAAUCUGGGUGAUCAAGACUCGAAUGCUCACAACCUCCGCCACCCAGGUAGGUGCGUACACCGGGAUGGUCUCUGGUCUCCGCUCGAUAUACAAGAUGGAAGGAACACGCGGCUUGUUCCAUGGGUUGACACCCACUCUUAUUGGGGUCAGCCACGGUUCGCUGUACUUUAUGGCCUACGAAAAGCUCAAGCUAUGGCGUCGAGCAACAAAGAAGGAUGGCCAGCUUUCCAAUACAGAUACUCUCAUCACAUCCUCCAUGUCUAAGAUUUUUGCAGGUCUGAUCACGUACCCUCACCAGUUGGUUCGUGCCAGGUUACAGACAUACAACCCAAGUGCUGCAGUCCAUAGGCGAGGGCCGGGCGUAAUCAACCUGACUCGAAUGAUUUGGCGAAACGAAGGAAUCGUCGGGUACUACAAAGGACUGUUUCCCAAUCUUCUCCGCGUCGUACCGAGCACUUGUGUUACCUUCCUAGUUUAUGAGAAUGUGCGUUGGAGCCUGCCAGGCCUGUCCGGUGCCGACGAUGAUCGUCCCGUGGAAGUCACCUCAAAUUCAACGGUGUCGACCAAGGUGGAGAAAAAGGAGACCUUAUAG